UCUUUCUCGAUAUUCAUCUUCGAUCAUCCUUUGUCCCUUUUAUAUUUUAUUUUACAAGCAAACAAUCUAUAAUAGAUUGUUUUAAAAUAUUGUUAUGCAAACAUUCCUCCAUAGUCUUCGUUGCUAUGGAGAUCGCGACAUUGCAUCUGAUCUCUAUAUAAAGGUGCUAAAAGAACUUUGACUUCGAUUGAAAUCUGGAUUGAUUUAUGGAAAUUAUUCUAAUAUGAAAACGAAAUUACAGUAAACGAAGCGCAGAUAUGUUUCGGCAGUUGCGUCAAAUUUCUAUUAUAUUUUCUUUGAAAAUAUCAAUUACUUUAUGUUUUAAGCUAACAAUUCUUCACACAAAUGAUAUACAUGGUAGAUUUGAGGAGAUAGAUUCACGAGGCUUCAUUUGCGAGCGGAUUAAGGGGGCGUGUUUUGGUGGAGUAGCAAGAAUAGCGACAGUUGUUAAAGAUGCUAGAAAGAAGGAACGCAAUGUUGUUUUUGUGGAUGGUGGAGAUAGAUUUACAGGAACAAUUUGGAGCGAUGUUUAUGAGGGAAAUGCAUCACUAGUGUUUUUUAAUGCAUUGAAUUAUACUGCAAUUACAUUGGGUAAUCAUGAUUUUGACUAUGGUGUGAAAACAUUGCUUCGCUUUCUUGAACAAAUAAAAUCUCCUGUGGUUGUGUCUAACAUAAACACAAAUGAAGAACCAUUAUGGCCAGAUGAUAAGAAGCUUGUGAGAAAUACUACAAUUGUUGAUGUGGGUGGAGAAAGAGUUGGUUUUGUUGGCUAUAUUACACCCUACACAACAAGGUCGUCAAACCCUGGUAAGAAUAUUAAGUUUUUACCAAUAAUCAGCUCUGUGCAGAAAGCUGUUGAUGAAUUAAUAUCAAAAGGAAUUAACAAAAUUAUUGCUGUUGGACAUGCUGGCUUUCAAUAUGAUAAAGAGGUUGCUAAGAAAGUUGUUGGAGUGGAUGUGGUUGUUGGAGGGCAUUCAAAUACUUUCCUUUAUACAGGUAAUCCACCUUCAGAUGACAAAUGCCAAGGGCCAUAUCCUUUUGUGGUUCAUCCAGAACAUAACACAAAUCUCAGUGUCCCAGUGGUUCAAGCAUACUAUUACAGCAAGUACUUGGGAAAGCUUCAGGUUACCUUCAAUGAUGCUGGAGAAGUCACAGCCUGGUCUGGCAAUCCUGUGUUGUUGAGCUCAACUGUGCCUAAAGAUCAGCAAGUCUAUGAUAUUGUCAAGAAGAUGAAAGUAUUGGUUGAUAAAAAAGGAAAUGAGAAAAUUGGUCAAAUAAAACGAAAGAUUGAUUCCACAAGUUGUGAUAUUGGACCAUGUUUCUUCGGUGAACUAGUGACUUCUGCUAUGAUCUAUCAUUAUCGAUCUUAUAAUGUCACCACAUCCAUGCUCCAUCACACUGCAGUUUUGACUUCCCUGCACACCGAUUCACAAGGUUAUAUUCUAUACAAAGACCUUUUUGAAAGUUUUCCAUAUCGCAAUACAAUUGACAUGAUUGAACUGUCUGGCUUGGAUUUGAAGAACUGCAUUGAACAUGCAGCAAAAUCUGGUUAUCCACAAGUUCAAGGUCUGGCUGUCAGAUACUCCAAGGGCAAGCCACCUCAAGUAGAAAGUUUACAAAUCAAGCAAAAGCCAUGUUCAACUGGUAUUUCAAAGUGUUAUGUACAAGUGAACAUGUCAAAAACAUAUAAAGUUGUCUUUGAUUCCUAUUUUGUUUUCCAAUAUAUUAAUACCACUAAAGAAACUAUAAACCGCACCAAAGGCAAAACUAUUUAUGAUGUCCUUGCAGAGUACUUUAAAGCCAAAUAUCCAGUAAAUAACGAUGUAAUCAAUGUUGCCGGGGUAUUGACAUAUGACAUAGUCACUUUUUUGUCAGUAUUAUUAGCCACAUUAUGGUUGCUAUAUAAUUAAAUAUAAUGUAUAGUUACUGGACAAUUCGUCGGUUCUGA